AUUCGAACCUAUUUCAGGUUGGAUAAGAAGUGUGCUUCCUGCGGGCGGUUAGUUAGGUUUUAGUUGCGGCUAAGUUAUUGCUCGCCUAAUAGAAUAAAACUUUUUUUUAAUGCCAAGUCAAAUAACUGAUAGAAGAUGUGAUCAGCUAUAAUAGUUUGCUACUUUUUUUCUCAAGUCUGCCUUUACACAAAAUAUUCUGUUUUUCUUUCUGGUUACGUUAUUUUAAUAAGAAUGUCAUUUGCAAAUUAUAGUGUGUUCAGAGCAUUCGCCAUAUUUGCUGGAGUGUUCGGGAUAUUCCAAUCGCUGAUAUGGAUCGGGUUUGCAAUAACAGGAAUUAUCGCAUUUUAUUGCGAUUUAAGUUUGGCCGGUCAGUCCCAAACUCUAGGCUCCCUGUUAACUGUGACAUUCUUUCGCCAAUAUUUUGAAGGGACAUGCACGAUGACAAAUAUGCCGAAUAUUGAUAUGACAGCAGUCCGGGAGCUCAAUCUGCUGUCUCCCGGUGAUUUCCACGCAUGGGUUUGGGUUUACCUAAUCCUGCAUAUUUUCUGGGCCAUUAGCUCUCUGACACUACUCACUAAUGCUCGUGAGAAAUACGUUCGUUAUAUCAACGUGUUUCUGUAUAUUUGGAUAGCUUUAACCAUCGUAAUCAGCACUCUUGACCUCGCACUGGGAAUUCAGUUUGGUGUGGAUUACGGGACAAUUAUCCAUGCGUUAUUCCUCCGUCCGUAUCCAACCCUAACAGCAGCAGACCAAACUCUCACCAUGGCAGUUACCGUUUCGGGAAUAAUGAUGGUAAUGGCUUUCCGCGGUUGGAUAUUCUGGGUUAUCAAUGUCGGCAUGGCAGUCUAUCUGUUCACGCAAUCCAUCGUUAUCUACGAUUACAAUCAAAUGCGAAGAAAGAGCGGCAUGACCAACGGAGGAUUCGCAGAGGAUAACAGUGGAGUUCGCCGGCAGCCGAUUGAUGGUUAUGAUAUGGGUCCAGCCCGUCGCAUCAGCCAAGAAGAGCCACGCAGACCGUACAACCCGCCCAGUAACUAUCGGCGACCGUUGGAACGCAUCAAUGAACAACCACGCGAACCCAUCGCCGUUGUCGAGCGACCUGUCCAGCAGCAGCCACAACACCAGCAGGACUGGUCCAGCAACCCACAAACAUUUACUCCUCAGCCGGGCACUUCAACAGUUCGUCCCUUCGAAACCUUACAACGUCCCCAAUCUUUCACCGAAGUAGAGGAAGCUCGACCGGAUCCUCCGAAGCCGAUUCCACCACCACCGCCACCUAAAAAUUGGAACAUGAAUACUGUGGUAAGAAGAGAUGCUGCAGCCGCCAAAGUAGCCCAGGAGCUGAAUUAUCGGAACAGUAUGAACAUGUCCAAUGGAAACACCAGCAAUGGAUUGCGAACCUUUGCUGCUGCACCGGCGAGUAGUAACGAAGCUGACCUGCCGAUGGCUAAUUACAGUCCACCGAUGCCGAGAACAAAUCCGUUUGAGAAUCGACCGCCGCUUAGGUCUGUGUUGCGGAGCACGAGAUAUCAGUAGACAAACGAACGUCAAUAGGGAGUUGAAAAUCUGUAUAAAUGCAACUGACUCGUAUAUAUUUUGAUAGUAAUAAAAAAAACAAUCACAAAUAUUUUGUUUCAUGGCAAUAA